GGGGCCGGCACCGGCUCCUACCCCCGCCCGGUGCCCGGCGUGCGCCGGGAGCAGGCUCCGAGCCCCUGCCGCGGACAUGGAGGCUUUCUGCGGGUCCCGCUUCUGGGACUCAAAUCUGACGAUACACACUGACAACCCAGACCUGACACCGUGUUUCCAGAAUACCAUCCUAGCAUGGAUCCCCAGUGUUUACCUCUGGAGUGCAUUACCCUUCUAUCUUCUGUACCUCAAGCGCAACAAAAGAGGGUACAUCGUGCUGUCGGUGCUGAGCAGGUUCAAGACGCUGUUUGGUGUCCUGCUGUGGUCCGUGAGCUGGGCUGAUCUCUUCUACUCCUUCCACGAGCUCCUGCAAAACAGAACCCCUCCACCAGUCUAUUUUGUGACCCCACUGGUCGUUGGCAUCACUGUGCUGUUGGCUACCUUGCUUAUUCAGUACGAAAGGCUGAGAGGAGUUCAGUCCUCUGGAGUGCUCAUUAUCUUCUGGUUCUUGUCUGUGCUCUGUGCCGUGGGGCCUUUCCGGUCGAAGAUCAUGGCUACAACAGCACAGAGCCACGUAAAUGAAAGGUUCAGGUUUACCACGUUUUACAUCUACUUUGCUUUGAUAAUCGUUGAGUUGAUCCUUUCGUGUUUUAAAGAGAAGCCUCCGUUUUUUUCCCCUGUCAAUACAGAUACUAAUCCAUGUCCAGAGUUAAAUUCAGGCUUCCUGUCAAGACUGACGUUUUGGUGGUUUACAAGCAUGGCAAUUCAUGGGUACAAAAAGCCUCUGGAAGAAAAAGAUUUGUGGUCGCUGAAUGAAGAUGAUACUUCAAAAAAUAUCGUGCAGCAACUGAGUAAAGAGUGGGACAGAGAAAAAGCAGAGUGCAAACAGAAAGAAGAAGAUGUGACGUACAUGAAGAAAUCGAACCAUGUGCUGAAUCAUGUUGGGGAUGGUCCAGAGGAAGCAGAAGUUCUGAUCAGAGGCAAAAAGCACAAUAGGAAACCUUCCUUUCUCAAAGCUUUGUUGAGGACCUUCGGGCCAUACUUCUUAAUUGGCUCCUUCUUCAAGCUGAUACAAGACCUGCUUUCUUUCGUCAACCCCCAGCUGUUAAGUGUAUUAAUUGGCUUCAUCAAGAACAAAGAUGCCCCAGCCUGGUGGGGAUUUCUGAUUACAGCUUUGAUGUUUGUCUGUGCUGUGCUGCAGACACUCAUACUUCACCAGCACUUCCAGUACUGCUUUGUUACUGGGAUGAGGCUGAGGACUGGGAUCACUGGAGUGAUAUACCGAAAGUCCUUAGCCAUCACAAACUCAGCGAAGCGCUCGUCUACUGUUGGAGAAAUUGUCAACUUGAUGUCCGUGGAUGCCCAACGUUUCAUGGACCUGAUGACUUUCCUGAACAUGUUGUGGUCUGCACCACUCCAGAUAUUUCUGGCUUUGUAUUUCCUCUGGCAGGCUUUAGGACCUUCUGUGCUGGCUGGAGUUGCUGUGAUGGUCUUGCUUAUCCCAUUUAACUCUGCAAUAGCAAUAAAAACCAGAGCAUUCCAGGUGGAACAAAUGCGCUAUAAAGACUCCCGCAUUAAAUUAAUGAACGAGAUCCUGGGCGGCAUCAAGGUGCUGAAGCUCUACGCUUGGGAGCCAUCCUUUUCAGAAAAGGUCCUGGAGAUACGAAAGAACGAGCUGCGGGUUUUGAAAAAAUCUGCUUAUCUCAAUUCUUUGUCCACCUUCACCUGGAUCAGCGCCCCGUUCCUGGUAGCACUGACGACGUUUGCCGUGUAUGUCUCAGUGGAUGAGAAGAAUAUCCUGGAUGCAGAAAAGGCUUUUGUCUCCCUCUCCUUGUUCAAUAUCCUGAAGUUUCCCCUCAACAUGCUUCCACAAGUCAUUAGCAAUAUUGCGCAGACAAGUGUUUCCCUGAAGAGAAUUCAGCAGUUUCUGAGUCAUGAUGAACUUGAUCCGAAUUGUGUGGAAACAAAGGUGAUUUCACCAGGCAAUGCCAUCAGUGUAAAAAAUGCCACGUUCAGCUGGGGAAAGGAGCUUAAGCCAACUUUGAAAGAUAUAAAUAUGUUGGUCCCCAGUGGUGCUUUGGUUGCCAUUGUUGGCCAUGUUGGCUGUGGGAAGUCUUCUCUGGUGUCUGCUCUCCUGGGUGAAAUGGAAAAGCUGGAAGGAGAAGUGGCUGUGAAGGGUUCUGUUGCUUAUGUGCCUCAACAAGCCUGGAUCCAGAAUGCCACGCUGAAAGAUAACAUUUUGUUUGGCCAAGCUCCUAAUGAGGAAAAAUACCAAAAUACCCUGGAGGCCUGUGCUUUAAAAACUGACCUGGAAGUGCUGCCAGGAGGAGAUCAGACUGAGAUAGGAGAGAAGGGCAUCAACCUGUCAGGUGGGCAGAGGCAGCGCGUGAGCCUCGCCCGUGCCGUGUACAGCGGCUCUGACAUUUACCUGUUAGAUGAUCCCCUGUCUGCCGUGGACUCGCACGUCGCAAAGCACAUCUUUGACAAAGUCAUUGGGCCAGAGGGGGUGCUCAAAGGAAAAACCCGAAUUCUGGUGACCCAUGGCGUCAGCUUCCUACCUCAGGUAGACCAUAUAGUUGUCCUGGUAGAUGGCAAAAUCUCUGAAAUGGGAUCUUACCAAGACCUUCUGAAACAAAACAAGGCCUUUGCAGAAUUCCUGCGAAAUUAUGCACUGGACGAAGACGUUGAAGAGGACGAACCAACAAUGCUGGAGGAGGAAGAAGUCCUGCUGGCUGAAGACACCCUCAGCAUCCACACCGACCUGGCGGAUAACGAACCAGUGACCAAUGAGGUCCGCAAACAGUUCCUUAGGCAACUUAGUGUAGUGUCUUCUGAGGGAGGAGAAUGUCCCAACAAAAUGUCAACGAAACGAAGAGUCUGUGAGAAGAAGCCAGCAGAGCCUCCUCUGCCAAGAAAAAAUGCUAACGAGAAACUUAUUCAGGCUGAAACCACUGAAACAGGCACGGUGAAGCUAUCAGUGUUCUGGCAAUACAUGAAGGCUGUCAGCCCUGUCCUGUCUUUAGCAAUAUGUUUCCUGUAUUGCUGUCAAAAUGCUGCUUCCAUUGGGGCCAACGUGUGGCUCAGUGACUGGACCAACGAGCCGGUGGUAAAUGGGACUCAGCACAACACGGCCAUGAGAAUCGGGGUCUACGCUGCCUUGGGCCUCUUGCAAGGGCUCAUAGUGCUGAUCUGCUCCUUCACGCUGGCCAUGGGGGGCAUCAACGCCGCCCGGACGCUCCACGCUGCGCUGCUGGAGAACAAAUUUCACACCCCACAGUCCUUCUACGACACCACCCCGACCGGCCGCAUCAUCAACCGCUUCUCCAAGGACAUCUACGUCAUCGACGAGGUCAUCCCGCCAACCAUCCUGAUGUUCCUCGGGACGUUCUUCACCUCCGUGUCGACCAUGAUUGUCAUUAUAGCGACCACUCCUCUCUUCGCCGUGGUUAUAGUUCCACUUGCAAUUCUGUAUUUCUUUGUUCAGCGAUUCUACGUCGCGACCUCCCGCCAGCUGAAGCGCCUGGAGUCCGUGAGCAGAUCUCCCAUCUACUCCCACUUCUCAGAGACAGUGUCAGGGGCCAGUGUCAUCAGAGCCUACAGGAGAGUGAAGGCCUUUGUAGACAUCAGUGAUCUGAAGGUGGACGAAAAUCAGAAGAGUUACUACCCUGGGAUCGUAUCAAACAGGUGGCUGGGCAUUCGAGUUGAGUUCGUGGGGAACUGCAUUGUCCUUUUUGCUGCCCUUUUUGCUGUGAUUGGUAGAAACAGCCUGAAUGCUGGCCUGGUAGGACUGUCAGUGUCCUAUGCGCUGCAGGUGACCUUGUCUCUGAAUUGGAUGGUCCGAAUGACUUCUGAACUCGAAACUAACAUUGUGGCUGUGGAAAGAAUAAAAGAGUAUUCAGAAACAGAAACAGAGGCUCCCUGGAUCAUUGAAGGCAAGAGUCCCCCAGAAGACUGGCCAUCCAAGGGAGAGCUGGAGUUUGUGAAUUACUCAGUGAGGUACAGGAAGGGCCUGGAUCUGGUGCUGAAGGGUAUAAACCUCCAAGUCCAUGGUGGGGAAAAGAUUGGAAUUGUUGGCAGAACCGGAGCAGGGAAGUCCUCCAUGACGCUCUGUCUCUUUAGGAUCCUGGAAGCUGCAAAAGGGGAAAUUAAAAUUGAUGGUGUGAAAAUUUCAGAAAUUGGUCUCCAUGACCUUCGAUCGAGGCUAACAAUUAUUCCUCAGGAUCCUGUUCUAUUUUCUGGAACACUGAGGAUGAACCUGGACCCAUUUAAUAAGUAUUCAGAUGAGGAAAUAUGGAAAGCCCUUGAGCUGUCUCACUUGAAGAGGUUCGUCAGCAGUCAGCCAUCCAUGCUGGACUACGAGUGCUCAGAGGGUGGAGAGAACCUCAGCGUUGGCCAGAGGCAGCUUGUGUGCCUGGCCAGGGCCCUCCUGCGCAAGACCAGGAUCCUGAUCCUGGACGAGGCGACCGCGGCCAUCGACCUGGAGACGGACGAUCUCAUCCAGAUGACAAUCCGGACGCAGUUUGAGGACUGCACGGUGCUGACCAUCGCACACAGGCUGAACACAAUCAUGGACUACACCAGGGUUCUUGUUCUAGACAAUGGAACCAUAGCUGAAUUUGACACACCUGCAAACCUUAUAGCAGCAAAGGGCAUUUUCUACAGUAUGGCCAAAGAUGCUGGACUGGCAUGAAGAGAAGACCCCUGAAGACCCCUUGGGUUUUGGGUUUGGUGUUUUUUUAAUAUUACUGACUUGCCACAAAAGUGACUUGUGAAUGUACUGUAAUUUUACAAAACAGUUUUUGUAGUAGACUCAACACGUGAUAUGUGAACAAAGUAUUUUACAAUUACAAGGAGCAGAAAGUGAAUUUUAUAUUUUUAAAUAUUUUCUAUAUACAUAUUUUAUUACAUGCUUUUUUUCCCAAAGAAGGCCAAACAUUCUGACAAGAAAAUGUAUGUACUGCAGGGCAAUAAGUACUGCAUUCAGGUUUGUAAUUAGUAAAUUAUAUUAAUGGUACAAAAUACACCUGGUUUGUGUGUUUUCUGCAUAAGGAUUCAUUGGGUUUGAAGUGGAAAACAGGCCCAGUUAAGUUGUGACUCAGCUGAAUAAUAGUGAAAUGAUGUGUAACCUCUGAGUGGUUCCAACCUGUUCCUUUCAAUAUUUCUCCAGGGCAAGGGAGUUGAGUGUUGCAGCUCCCAGGCUGUGAGCUAUCCCAGGACCUUUGGGAUCCCUGCCCAGGGCAACUUCGGCAUUAUAAAAUUCCUCUUCGGCAUAAGAAGUAACAUGUAUUUAAAACUAAACCUACAAAUGGCUUCACAUAAAUCAUUAACCACACAAAUCUUUCCAAUUCAGUAGACUCCACACAAGCCUACAGGGACAUGAUUGGCACUUAACUACUAGGAUUUUGCUGUAUCUCUCUUAGGUAUGGAGUCAC